UUUGUGGUUUCUGAAAUACACAGUAAGAUUAUCUAAGAAACUGUUACCGAAGUCAAUAGAAUGUGUACCAGAAGCAUGAAGAAGCUCUUGUUUCUGAGCACCAUCCUCACGAUCACAAGGGCAAAAACCUAUGACAAGUGCGAGUUAGCUCGAAUCUUCAAGCGUGCUGGAUUGGAUGGUUUUGAAGGAUACAGUCUACAAAACUGGGUUUGUACCGCCUUCUAUGAGAGUGCAUACAAUUCUGCUGCCCUCAACAUUGACUGGCACCAGGGGAAAAUCUUGUCAAUGGAUUGUGGCAUAUUUCAGAUCAACAGUUUCUGGUGGUGUCUGGAUAAUGAUACUCCUGUUACAUUAAGGAACUGUGGCAUGAGCUGCUCAGCUUUCCUAGAUGAUGACCUGACCGACGACAUUGUAUGUGCGAAGAGCAUAGUCAAGUUGCAUCCUGGAAUGUCAGCCUGGACCGCCUGGAAUAGCAAGUGCAAUCGGAGAAAUAUUGACCACUUUGUGGCCGGAUGUAACAUUUAAAGAUGGCGUAGACCCAGUUGGUUUGGAACGUUUUGGCUCAGCGGAAGACGGUGUUUACACAAGUUAUUUAUGCCUUGUUGGAACCUGGUAAAGGGGUGAUAGAGGUUGUCUUUUCAAAUUGCAUUAACUGCUGACAUGGAUUAUUCAAUCCCUUUAUCCUCUUUCUCAGCGAUUGUGUCAUGUUAUUCUAAUGCAGUUAACUUCAGACAGAUACAAAGGUCCAACCUUCCAGUUCUUAGAGAUAAUUCUCAGUCCGUUGAGGAGAAUGAGUCACACUGAAUAGAAGGGUUUCAAAUUUAUAGAAUGAGACAGCACAAAAAUCCAGUGACCCAUUAGAAUUGCUAAUGUAGUGGUUAUUUAGUCGACUAGUAAUCUGGAGAGCUGGUCUGAUGUUCUACCGCAUCAGUUGGGCCAUUUAAACUCUAAGAUUAAAUAAAUGUGAGUUAAAAAUCAAGUAUUAAUAAAGACAACUAUCUGAAUAUUUUUAUAAAAGCCAUCAAUUCACAGUCCUUAAAGAACGACACCUGCCCUCCUUACCCAGUCUGUCCUAGAGGUGUGACUCAAGGCUCACGUCAGUGUGGUUCAUAUUCUUCUGAAAGGACUGACAAGCCCCUCAGACAGAAGGGAACUGAGUGAUUGACAAUCAAAGCUUCUCUUUCCAGCAAUGCCCAGAAUUGAGGAACAAAUAAAAAAUAUGUAUGUGAUGUUCCUUUCAAAGAGCCUGACCUCCUUGCUGAGUCUCAGAGGCCUUUAAAUGAUACCCUUUCAAAUAUGUGUCCAAUUGCUUUCUGAAAAUUAGUUCUGCAUCGAUCUACACCUGCCUUUCGAGCAGCACGUUUUGAAUCCAAACGGGAUGACAUAAUGUCCAUUCCUCUGUCUGCUACUUCAUUUGUCAAUUACCUUUAAUCUGUGUUCAUCUACCUUCCUAUCAAUGAAUCAAUACCUCCUUUUACACCCUAUCUCUAUUGUAUAUUCUUUAAAUAUCUCCAUUUAAUCACCCAUUAAACCUCUUUGCUUUCCUUUAUUCAUUUAUGGGAGGUGGGCAUCUCUA